AUGAAGUUUACCAUUGCUGCUAUCAUCCCUCUUAUGGCAGUCACUGUCUCUGCCACGCCUCUUGAGGUCCGCCAGUCCAACCAAGUCACCUUUGCUCUAUCGAAUGACCAAUCUGGAGCAUAUGCUAGCGCGACAUUCCAAGCCGACGACACUGAUAAGAGCAUCUUCUCCCUCUUCAGUGGUACCUCUGUUGGUGCAGGUGGUACUGUCAAGGCAACCGCUGCCCAGCUCACCAACUUUGCGCAAUCUAUCAAUUGUGUCAUCAAGAACAACGACGCAAACAUUGGUACCCUCACUGCCCAGAAGACUUACCUGGAUCUUGACGGAAGCCCCCACACCGCAAUUCCAAUCAACCUGGACAAUGCUGAGAUUCGCUGCCGUGCUUGA